CGCCACUGUACUUUGCCCACAGUGACGUCUUGAUUCUGACUUUUCAUUCCAUGAAGGAGAACCCGAACGCAGCUUCUUCUUCUAUUCAGCAGCAGAAAUGAAAUUAAACGGUCAGAUUGCUGUUGUGACAGGCGCCGCUCAGGGGAUAGGAAAAGGAAUAACGGACAGACUGUUGCCAAAUGGUGCAAAGGUCGUCUUACUGGAUGUGAACAAAACUGCAGGGGAGUCCUUGAAGAAAGUCUUCGACCACCAGUAUGGACAGGACAGAUCUGUGUUCAUACAGUGUAACGUUGAGUCAGAGGAGCAAAUCAAAGAUACCUUUAAAAGCAUUACAGCAACCUUCGGGGGGAUCAACAUUAUAUGCAACAGUGCCGGCGUCUUGGAUGAGCAUGAGUGGGAGAGAACGGUCUCUAUUAACCUUGUGGCCGUCAUAAGGGUGACCUAUGUGGCUCUGGAGCACAUGAACAAAUUGACCGGAGGUCGGGGAGGAGUUGUGGUCAACAUAGCAUCCAUGGCAGGCCUUGGCCCACUAUCAAGCUGUCCCGCCUACACAGCUACCAAGCAUGGUGUGGUUGGCUUCACUCGAGCCAUGGCAGCUGCAUCCUCAGCUUUGGGCUAUGGGAUACGUUUCAACGUGAUUUGUCCAGGUCUGGUUCAAACCAACCUCUUCUCCACAAUUUUGGAAAACUUGGGGCAGUUCUCCCAACUCGCUGGUGUGAUAAAAAAAAUAUGCAGAAAAGGGAGUAUUGGACGUGGGUGACGUGGCUGAGGGCUUCCUCGAGCUGGUAACAGAUGAGACGAAGAAUGGAGAAGCCCUCAUGGUUAACACUAAUGAAACAAAAUACAUGGUCUUUCCAACAUUCACCUAAUAUCUCCCGACAAAAAGAUUGUGACAUUAUUAGACCCUGACAUAUAAACUGAAAGCACAAAGUGGAAUAAAUGUCAUUGCUCAUCACGAAAGUGUGUGUGUUUUAUCAGUCUUUAAUACGUUAUCUGAAUAAAAACAUUUAUUAGGGGGAUUACUGGAUCUUUACUUACUGGAUCACCGUGGACGGUCUGCAUAUGGAAAUGUUACAUAUUAUAUGGAAGAGGACAUAUAAAGAAAUCAACAGUGCCAUUAUUGAAUAUUGUCAUUAUUUGAGAGCUUGUGUAUGAGGCCUUAAACAAAAUUAGCAAAAAAGGCUAUUU